AUGCACACGGACCCCGCCACUGACAUGGACACGGACACAGAAACCACAGCACUCUGCCCCUCUGGCAGCCACCAGGCCUCUCCCCCAGGGACACCCACACCAGAAGCAGAUGCCACACUGCUGAAGAAACCAGAGAAACUGUUGGCAGGGUUCGAUCGGGGUGGGCCACCCCCUGCCCUGGGGGCCCCUAGACGACGAGGCAGUAUGCCUGUCCCCUACAAGCACCAGCUCCGGCGGGCCCAGGCUGUAGAUGAACUUGACUGGCCGCCUCAGGCUUCAUCCUCUGGCUCCUCUGACUCCUUGGGCUCAGGGGAGGAAGCCCCUGCCCAAAAGGAUGGCAUCUUCAAGGUCAUGCUGGUUGGGGAGAGCGGCGUGGGCAAGAGCACCCUGGCAGGCACUUUCGGCGGUCUCCAGGGAGACAGUGCUCAUGAGCCAGAGAACCCAGAGGACACCUAUGAGAGACGCAUCAUGGUGGAUAAGGAGGAAGCGACUCUAGUUGUUUAUGACAUCUGGGAACAGGGGGAUGCUGGAGGGUGGCUGCGAGACCACUGCCUUCAGACCGGAGACGCCUUUCUCAUCGUCUUCUCAGUCACUGACCGGCAAAGCUUCUCCAAAGUUCCAGAGACCCUACUUCGGCUCCGGGCUGGGAGGCCACACCACGACCUACCUGUCAUCCUCGUUGGUAACAAGAGUGACCUGGCCCGUUCCCGAGAGGUAUCACUGGAGGAGGGCCGCCACCUGGCCGGGACGCUGAGCUGCAAGCACAUCGAGACGUCGGCCGCGCUGCACCACAACACGCGGGAGCUCUUCGAGGGCGCCGUGCGCCAGAUCCGGCUGCGGCGGGGCCGGAGCCACGCCGGAGGCCAGCGGCAGGAGCGGGGCAGCCCCGAGUGCCCCGCGCCCUCCGCGCGCCGCGAGAGCCUCACCAAGAAGGCCAAGCGCUUCCUCGCCAACCUGGUGCCGCGCAACGCCAAGUUCUUCAAGCAGCGCUCCAGGUCGUGUCACGACCUCUCCGUGCUGUGA